CACUCGGGUGAAAAAAUGGCGCCCAAGGGAAAGAAAACCAAUAGCCCUACUAGCGACAGCGACGAGGACGAAACCUUCUAUUAUGGUAUCCCUCCGCCCCCUCUUCUGACCCGUCGCUGCCGUCGUCUUCACAGUCGCACUUCUCAUCGCAAUCGCACUCACACUCACACUCUUCCACUAAGUCUGGCGGUGGUUCUGGAGAUCGCUCGUGUUACGGUGUUGAAAGAUCGACAGACUCGCAAGUCUCGCGGCGUUGCCUUCGUCCAGUUUAUUUCUCAGGACGACGCGGUGAAGGCCGCGAAACAGAUGCACGGGAAGAUUUUGAAUGGCCGUGUUCUUAAGGCUGCUAUAGCGACUGAUAAUGGUCGUGCGGCUGAGUUUAUAAGGAAGAGGGUUUAUAAGGAUAAGAGUAGGUGCUACGAGUGCGGCGCAAUUGAUGGGCAUUUGUCUUAUGAAUGCCCUAAAAAUCAAUUGGGGCCAAGGGAGCGACCAGAACCGAAGCGGGUAAGAAGGGGUGGAGUUGGUGCUAGGCACGAGGAGGAUUGGGGAUCGGAUGUUGGAGAAGGGUUUGAGGAUGACAAUUGGGCCUCGGUGGUGGACGGAGAUGCAGACCAGAGACUCCUGACUGGCGGUGAGAACAUUGUAGAGAAGAAAAAGAGAAGAAAGCAAGUUAUUUCAGUGACGAGAGCGACGAAGAUGAUUAACUGAGCCUGUCUCUUUGGAAGAGUUUGUAAAAGCUCUGCGAAUAUUGGCAUGUUUAUAUGCUAAUGUAAUGUCGUGCACAAAAGCCUUGGAACACAUAUAUCAAAGCAUUGAUGGCAAGCAACAUGUGCAACCAUUUUCUUUAGUUCACCGUUUAGUUUAAGAUUUAUCUUGUUCCUCCAGUUUUUUGUAAUUUUUCUGUGCACACGUUAGAUUGUUAAACCUUUUGUUAGAUUUUCUUUUGGCAAGAACAACUCAACUAAGAGCAGUUGGCACUAUGUGUUUCUUUGUUUGGGGUUGAAAAAGUUUAUAAUUUACUUUGUUAGGAUAAUCUUUAUUGUGAUAUUUUGCCUGGAGAGUUUGUAUACUUUGUUGAAGAACUAUUUGAUUGAGUUUUGUGUAAUAUUUUUCUUGAGGGGGAAGGGGUGAAAAAUUGAUUA